AACGAUCAUUCCGCGGUGGAACUCCACAGUAUUCGGUUGGGUUUCGAGCGGUGACUUCUGAAAUUCGUGCACCAUGACUGGACGGGUUAUCAUCGGUCUUUCGGCGCUUCUGGCAAUCGCCAGCCUGGGUUCUGUUGACGCUCGCAAGGGUUAUGGAUCUGGAGAGCAGGAUUGGGGUUUUGUGGAUGUGCGGACCGGAGCCCACAUGUUCUACUGGCUGUAUUACACCACCGCCAAUGUCUCCAGCUACACGGAGCGUCCCCUGUCCAUUUGGCUGCAAGGAGGGCCUGGUGCCUCCUCCACGGGAUACGGAAACUUCGAGGAGCUGGGUCCCCAGAAGCUGGAUGGCAGCUACCGCGACUGGACCUGGGUGAAGGACAUGAAUGUGCUGUUCAUCGACAACCCGGUGGGCAGUGGCUUCAGCUACGUGGACGGAUCCUCCUACUAUACGACCACCAACAAGCAGAUCGCCCUGGAUCUGGUGGAGCUGAUGAAGGGCUUCUACAAGAACCACCCUGAAUUCAAGACCGUGCCACUGCACAUCUUCUGCGAGAGCUACGGCGGCAAGAUGGCUCCGGAGUUCGCGCUGGAGCUGGAGUACGCCAUUCAGCGUGGAGAGAUCGAGAGCAACUUCGUCUCGGUGGCUCUGGGCGAUCCUUGGACCUCGCCCAUCGACUCCGUGCUCUCGUGGGCACCCUUCCUGCUGCAGCUGGGAAUCGUGGAUCAGGAUGGCCACGACAAGAUCGAGGCCUCGGCCCUGAGGACCAAGAACUACGUGGACAACGGGCAGUGGACCCUGGCCACCCUGCAGUGGAGCUCCACGCAGUCGGUGGUGCUGCGCGAGUCCAAGGGCGUGGACUUCUACAACGUGGAGACCCCCACUCUCGGUGAUCAGCACAGAAUUAUGUCGCGAGCAUCCAUGACUCCAGAGGAGCUCAUGUACCGCACGCUGGUUAAAUUCGACGUGGAUGAGGAUCGGGACCAGAUGCUGGAGGAUCUGAUGCUGGGACCCGUUACCGAAGCCUUGGGAAUCGACACCGGAGUCAAGUGGGGCGCCCAGAGUGGCACAACCUUCAGCAAGCUGAUGGGCGAUUUCAUGAAACCCGCAGUGGAUAUUGUGGGUGAGCUGCUAAGCAACACCACCGUGAAGGUGGGCGUGUUCUCCGGUGGCCUCGACCUAAUCUGCGCCACUCCGGGAGCAGUGAACUGGAUUGCCGACAUGGAGUGGACCCACAAGGCCGAGUACGAGGCAGCUUCCCGUGUGGGAAUCACCGUCGACCGAGUGCUGGAGGGUUACGAGAAGACCCACGGAAACUUCAGCAUGUUCUGGGUAAACCGGGCUGGACACAUGGUCCCCGCCGACAAUCCAGCGGCCAUGUCGCACAUCCUGCGUCAUUUCACCAAUUUUGGUUAGAUUAACCCGAAACCAAGGAGUUUAAAUACAUUAAAUAAAGCACAUUUUUGAAACAA